CUGAAAUUCCCCCGCAACGAAAUAACAAUGGCUGAUCGCCUCUCCCAUUCUCUCGACGAAAUCGAAUCCCACACGCAUGCAAUCAAGCAGCAGGAUAAUGACGAGACAAAUAUCGAGUCCAAGAAUGGCGAGCAGAUUCAGCCAGGAGAUCACGUGUAUACACGUAUCCGGGGCGGCCGACAUGAAGGAAAUGUAGACAAGGUUGUCACCAGCGAAGAAGAAGCCGCCAGUGAAGGAGUGAAGAACCCACCAAAGGUGCUUUUCACAGACCAAAAAGGGAAAAAUGUAGCGCACAAUCCCAGUACUUUGGACGUCACGUCCAACAACAAGCAAAACACGUCAUAACGUGACUUGCGCAAUUAGCGACAUGUACACUUAGAUACACACACACACCUGUAUGGGGAUACGAUGUGUAAGACAGGCGAACCCAGCCCUAAGUAGUCGUACCUGUCUCAUACAACGCUAUAAAGAAAUACCGCAAUUAGGGUACACAAGCCAAGGACCCAAGAAAGACAGACAAGUAGUUUUUUAAAAAAAAAUCCCCGCAUUAUAUCGAUU